AUGGACAUUGGGGGUGACAGUUUCUCGGUGAAGGUGAUUCAAAAGGAAGUGGUUCAUGCUGAAGAAGCAUGGAAUGAGCACUGGUUACCCUUUACAAACUUUGAUUUGCUUCUGCCACCUUUGGAGGUUGGCUCAAUCUUCUUUUACAAGAAACCCGCCCAUGCGGCGAGUUUCUUCACCAUUGUAAACACGCUUAAAGCUUCUCUAUCCCGAGCUCUCGCACUCUACCCUCCCCUCGCAGGCGAGAUAGCGUGGAAUGGAGCUGCUGGAGAGAAUCAAAUUCACUGCAACAACCGAGGGGUUUACUUCAUUGAAGCUGUUGCUGACGUGGUUCUCAAGGAACUGAAUUUGUACAAUCCUGAUGAGUGCAUAGAGGGUAAACUAAUGCCCAAGAAACUACUACAUGGGGUUCUUGCUAUCCAGGUUACAAAGUUAAAAUGUGAUGGAAUUGUGAUAGGGGUCAUGUUUGAUCAUCGUAUAGCAGAUGGUUACUCAGCUAACAUGUUUAUUUCAUCAUGGGCAGACAUAACUCGAUCUAAAACUCCAUCUAUGAUCCCCUCCUUUGAGAGGUCAUACCUAAAACCAAGGUCCCCAACAGUUUAUUCACAAUUAAUAGACAAUGUGUUUGCUCCAUUUUCACCACCAUCCUCCAACCCUGAUAUAAAUUACCUAGGUAAAGAAGAGGGUGACGAGUAUCUACAUGUUAAUCGCGUAUACUACAUCGAGGGUGAGCAACUUAAAGGUUUACAACUGUUGGUGAACGAAAACGGGGCCAGGAGGUCUAAGCUAGUGGCAUUCACCUCUUUCUUGUGGAAGCAAGUGGCUUUGAGCAUGGAAAACUCAGGAAAACAAAAUGAAGCAUGUAAUGUGAUUGUUGCUGUAGAUGGAAGAAGAAGGUUGAGUGAGAAAGAAAAAAUGAUGAUGUCACACUUUGGCAAUGUCCUAUCGAUGCCAUUCGGGUCGAAAAAACCACAGGAGUUAAAGGAGAUGUCACUAAGCAAUGUCGCUACAACGGUUCAAGAGUUCUUGCAGCCUGCCACUACGAAAGAACAUUUCUUGGACAUAAUAGAUUGGGUGGAAGAACAAAAGCCACGACCACUAAUAUCAAAGGCUGUGGUCAAUGUAAGGAUGUCAUUCACAGUGUCAGCAGGACAAAAAUUUGAGAUCAUGGACAAGAUAGAUUUCGGGUGGGGCAAGGUGACAUUUGGAUCAUGUCAUGUCCCAGAAUCAAGGAAGGACUGUUUUGUGAUGACAAUGGGUAGUCCAACAAACGACGAGGAUUGGGUUGUUUACAUGCAUAUGCCGUUGAUGCACAUGAGCUUCAUCGAGGCACAUGCUAGUCAUGUGUUCAAGCCCUUGAAUACUGAUUACAUCCCGAUUUAACACAUGUCGUCUUAUUCAAUUCCUUGGUCAUAUAGAAGUGUGAUUGGGUGUUUGCAUUUGAAUAACUAUGUUCGCCGUGUUACUAAAUAAGUGUGUGGUUCUUUGUUACAAAGAACACUGUUGCGGUUUACAAUUUGUGCUAUCUUUGCUUGGCUUGUAUCGUGUGAUAUUUCAAAUUGUCUUUUAACGAAUGUAUAAAGUUUACGGUAUCAUGUUUUAUGAUAAA